CACGGCACCGGAAGGGGCGGGGCUCGCGGAGCGCGGGAACUGAAGAUUCCCCUCAGCGACGGUCGGGUACUUUCAGCGUUAUACGCAACCCACCAAUUGGAGCAUUUAUCAGAGAUGAAUGAUUUGUACACCAACUAAUCGUCCUCAUUGCUGCAUUCGUCAUUGUAAGUCUCCAUCCACUGCUGGAGGAGGGCCUCUCCAUCGGCUCUCAGAAGCAGAGUGUCAAAUGUUCCUGGAGAAACGUCUCGGGCGCACGCCCGUGGCGCCGCCGCGGCCGCCCAUGAAGAGCUCGUCUACGCUGCGGCGCUGCCUGAACCCGACGAGGGACUCCGAGGACGACGGGGCCACGACGGCGCCGCGCCACUGGAGCUCGCAGCGGCCGCACUCCGUGUCGUUCCGCAGCUUAGAGAACUCGCUGCUGCGAAGCCGCAUCUACGACAAGAGCCGCAGCGAGGUCACCUACUUUGCGCAGUGCUUCGAGGUGCUGGAACGGAUCGGCCUGGGCUCGUUCGGGGAAGUGUUCAAGGUGCGCAGCUGGGAGGAUGGCAGCUUGUAUGCGGUGAAGCGGUGUCGCGAGCCAUUCCGUGGCGAGCGUGACCGCGAGCGCAAGCUGGAGGAGGUUGCCAAGCACGAGCGCCUGGAGCCGCACCCCAACUGCGUGCGCUUUCUGCGCGCCUGGGAGGAAAAGCAGCACCUCUACAUCCAGACGGAGCUGUGCGCGAUGAACCUGCAGCAGUACUGCGAGGAGGAGUGCGGCGGGAGGUUGAGCGAAUGCGAAGUGUGGGCCGUGGCCGUGGACCUCCUGCUGGGUUUGCAGCACCUCCACCGGCGCGGCCUCGUGCACCUUGACGUGAAGCCGGCCAACGUGUUCCUGAGCAUGACGCCACCGCCGCGCCGCUACAAGCUCGGCGACUUCGGCCUCGUCGUCGACCUGCAGCGGGGUGACCACGCCGACGCGCAGGAGGGAGACCCCCGGUACCUGGCACCAGAGCUCCUGCAGGGACAUUUCAGCAAGGUGGCCGACAUCUUCAGUGCAGGUAUGACCCUGUUGGAGGUGGCCUGUAACCUGCAGCUACCCACCCGUGGCGAGGGCUGGCAGCACCUGCGGCAAGGCUUCCUGCCCGAUGACUUCAUCGCAGGCCUGUCAGAGGAUCUGGUCAGCAGCAUACGGGCAAUGUUGGAGCCGGAUCCGAGCCGCCGAGCCUCCGUGGAUGAGCUGUUGGCGCGACCAGAGAUGCGCCGGGCCGCCCGCCAGCGUCGCCUCCACUUGGCCUCCCAAGCCACCUGGUGUCAUCUCCUCACCGCCGUGCAGGCAGUCUGGUCCGUGCUGGCAGGCGUGUGCCACAAGACUAUGGCGCGUCUCGGCCACUUGGCUGCCUUUGCCGUGUUCUGGCCCCUGAGCUCCUCCUCCCCCGUCACGCCCCCCAUGUCUUCGUCGUCGCGAGUGUCUGUUUCUGCGAGCGACGGAGAUGGUGACGGCGACAGCGCCAGUGGCAGCAGACGAGAUUCAAGCCCCGACUGGGAUCGCAGCCUCAGCCUGAGCGACGACGCGUUCAUGCCCUUGACAACCGGUGACCCCAUGCCCUCUGCCUCGAAGUCAAUGUACAGCCCUGGUUCCCUUGAGCGAUGCGAUUUUCCCAGCGCGUCGCCCGUGACGAGACCUCGGGCUCAGGUGGCCACCACAUCCACCCCGCGCAACCGCUCGCCCGAGCCACCCAACGGCAGCGCCCACAACCUCUGUGUGGCUGAAGCAACGGUGGCCGUACAGGCCAGCCCCAACAUCAGCCUCAUCCUGCAGCCGGCGUGUGCCAACGAGGAGGAGGAGGAUAAGGGGGGGAGGAGGAGGAGCAAGGGGCGCAGCCCGGGUGGCUCGGUGCUGCGCAGGGUUCUCCAUUUCGGAUCGGGCCUCUCCAGCGCCUCGGUGCGUGCCUCCCGCGAGCGCAACUGGCUUGACAGCAGCGGCGACGAUGCCGUGAGCAACGCCCACGACGGGAAUGGGGCCCACACGGACGACAACGACGAGGAGGAGAUGAUGCUGAGGUCCUUCAAACCUUGCAGCCUCAUCGAUGCGCUGAAUGAAGAGGACACCGCAAACGCAGACUGAGACCCGCUCGGAUUCGUGCCUUGAGCCGCGCUGUCCGGCCGUCGGCUGUCGGUAUUCGGGAGACGAUUCACCGCCACCGUUCCUGCGAUUCACUUUGGAGCAUUCAGGGUGGAUUGGUCAUUGCCUACGUGCCUUCUUGCAUAUAUCAAAAAGGAACCACGGGAAGGGAUAUUCUGCUUUUUGCCAUCAUUUCACUCCAUCCAAGACCCCAGAGUGUUUAUUCUUUUUUAUUUUGUGGGGUUUUUUUGUUGGAUGGAUGAGCCACUGAUCGGCAGUUAUUUGUAAAUAUAAUCAUCCCCCAGGUGUCCUUGACCGUUUUGUCGGCUAUUUUUUGAUAGGAGUUGUUACCGUGAUAUCUCCUGCUCAUAUUUAUGUCGCCAUUUCCUUGGCAAUGUGAGAAAUGGCACACAGAUUAGCACUUCUCUUCUAUUUCACUCUCACUGAAUGGUCGGUCUGCGAGACUUAGUCAUUUGCUGAACGCUGGUUAGGUUAUCCGCUCGUUAUUUAUAGCGGCUGUGAAAACAACAGUGGCCAAGAUGACCGCACAGUGUUGCUGCUGCUAAUGACAAAGCGCUACAAGACGGCAAUGUGGAUCGUUCAUCGAUGCCUAUGGUAAAGAAGAAAUUCUAAUGAUAAUUAUAUUCCCACAUCUGUUAUUGAGAGGAAUCCACCUCUCAGAAGUCAAGAGCACUCAGUCCCUGAGUUCUAAUCCAGGCAGUUUCCUCUGCUUAAACUGGCUUCUCAAGAGUCACAAAUGUAUUGGUCUCAGUCCGGUCACUAAUUACUUCACACACCGAAAACAUGACAUUAAAUAUGGUUCUGCACUUCAUUUGGCUGAAUGCAAGCUCUGAGACCUAAUUUUAUUAUUAGUUUGACCAUCAUGGCGUGCUUCUACUGUGAGGCAAGUACUGGUACUGUGAGACCAGAGGUUACUUGAUGGGAGUUCGGAGGUAGCUCUGUGAUAUCCGCUUCUGUGGGCCUUUCUCGAAUACGAACGGUUGCACUCUGUGGGAAAUGCGAAUGCCGUCCUUGGUUCGUGAGAAUUGGCGAAAUAUUUUUUUUGGGAUGAUAAUUUGCUCCACCUCCUGAACCCAGACUGCCACGUGCUUAGUUUUGGCUGAUCCUAUCAGAAUUUAACUAAACUCCUUCGCUUGGGCAGCAUGUGGUUUUUGUACAAGUGACGACUCCGUGAUGUCCGCCAUCUGCAAUGACUUGCGUCGCAAACUUCUGGAAGUUUGACGGAAUAACCUGGUGCAAUAGUUUCGGUGUGCGGUGGUUUAUUUUUAGUGCAAUUUUCUGACCGAUUGCUGCUUUAAUGUCGCUUUUCCCAAAAAAUGUCUGCAGAAGCGAUGCCCUCCCCCCCAAUGCAAGUCCCCUUUCACGUUUGAUAAACAGCCAUUCCCUGACACUACACGAGGGGGCUUUGCCAAAGAAAAUCUGUGCCACAGUUGGUGGUGUCAUUGAUGCGCACGACCUUUUUAAUUUGCAUUUUCACGUAGGUAUUCUUGCGUAACGUUUCUCCAGUUUGUGUUAUUAUAUCCAAGUACGUGUCGCACAUUUCGCACGUUAUUUAAAAAGCGGUGAAAUUAUCGGAAAUUCUCACCGUUUUUGUGUUUACGUUUAAUCCUUGAGGGCGGUGUAUUUAUUGUUAUUAUGAAUGUUGUUUUCGUCUUAUUCAGGUGCUCUACGUAUACAGAGGGAUGGGGGGUCAAUACGCAUCUCUCGGUCCCGAUGAACAUUCGCUUGCAUGGGCUUCUCGCCAGGGUGUCAUCAAGUGAAAGCUGGGACUGUAAACAAUGCUCGGAUAAUGCAGCCUGGCAGGGGACUAGGCCAAUGUAACCUGCACGCGUGUCCCUGUACCAGUACAGUGCCCGUCACGUAGUGGCGAGAGCGUUUUUGGUCUGCGACGUUUUUAUUUCCUUUAACCUCGCCGCAAAAAAUAUACUAUUCUAAAAUCUCACUGCCUAAUUCAUCCAAAUAUGCAAUAUAAUAUCCAGUCAAUACAAAUAUCCAUAAGCUGGUUAUCAGAGCUACCGUUUACUCAUGAUUCCUAACCAGGGUUAAAUACGAUACACCUUCACCUUGAUUCCAAAAAGAACCUUGCGAUUGCAAAGGCUUCUGGGAGCCGCUCUUGGCAAGGUUGUCCGCCGUACUUAUUCCUACGGACGGAGAGGGGUGAUCAGCAACGUGUCAAUAUUCAUCUCACGGUAUUGCCCCUACAAAGGUGUUCAUCAUAUUCACAAACUGACACACUUGUUAAAGUACAUCUUCGGAGUAUUAUAAAUUGAAGGAAGUGGACACAGCAAACCCAGACUGUAUUAUACAUCUAUAAUGGCAGCAAUGAAACAUUUUCACCGUCUGAGCAAGAAUUUGGCAGGAUGCCCUUUUGAACUGUAUGAUACCGGUGUUUUUGGACUUUUUAUAUUAGUGUCUGGUGGAAAACUCAGAAAUAGUCUCCGCUAACACCAACCCUUAUUCAACAUCUUGAGACUGACCUCCACACUGCUUUCAUGAUCUCUGCAAAGCAGUUCUGAUUCUCUGAUCACUCCAAGGGUCAGGGCCAAAGGGCUGGUCUUCACGGGGCGGGGGGAGGGAUUCAUUUCGUGAGGGAUUUGCAGAGACGUCGUCCCAUGCGAUGAAUUUAACAUUUGUGCAAUGCUUGCGCGUGAAUUAGACUGCAUGUGCGUCCAGACAAGGUUGGGUUGGAGUGGGAUGGGGGGGGGAUUUACCUUUGUUGAUUGUAACGUACGAAUGUAUGCUAUGCG